CAAUGCAUGAUAAAAAAGAAGAAAACAUAAAUGUUAAAAAUGUUGAAGAUGAAAAAAUUCAAAAUACUUCUGAAAAAAAUGAAAGUAAAAGCUCCAAAACUUUCAGAAAAAUUGAAAUUGAAAUAUCUAGUGAUUUGUCAGAUUCUGAUAUUUCCAACAAUUUUGAUAACAACAUUGACAGUUUAAAUCUUAAUCUGAGCCUUAAUAAGACCAAAAACAAUGGUGUGGUUGAACAAGAUUCGGAUGAAGAUUUGCAAAUAGGAUAUGAACAAGAAGUAACAGUUCAAGAAGGAAUAAAUGCCUCUGACAAUAUAGAAUGGGAUGAAACUGCUGCUAGAGAAGAGGCACAGGAAAGAAUUAGCAAAUUAGGAUUAUCGUGGGGAGAUCAAAUGGAUCAUUUGGAUAUGGAAUUGCGACCACCCGGCCGAGCACUCCAGAUGCACGAGAAGCUUUCAUCACCUUAUAGAAAGAGGUCACUAUCAGAGAGUAUCAGACGCCAUGAAGAAAAGCAACUUAAAGCACAAGAAAAGAGAGAAAAAUUGCUUGAAGAAAAGACCCAAAGAUUUAAAGAUAUUGCAAAAAAAGUUGAAGAAAUGAAAGCAUGGAAAGAAGAACAGCAGCAGCAGAGAAGAAUUUCAAUGGAGAAAAAGUUGAGAAGAGCUGAAGAAAAACGUCGGAUGCAAUUGCAACGAAUUGUUCGUAAAGCACAUGAUGAAGAAGAAAAGGUGAAUGAAAUUGCCUUUAUAAAUACUUUGGAAGCACAGAAUAAAAGACACGAUAUCCUGUCUAAGAAGAAAGAUCAUGAGGCUCGAUUACAAGAUAUCCAAGAGGAAAGGCAAAGAAAACUAGAAGAAAAAGCAGCAAAAGAAGCUGCGGCUGAGGAGCGUCGAAAAGCUCUAGAAGCAAAACGGCAAACUCGAUUAUUGGAAAUGCAAGAAAGGAGAAAACUUCGAGAUUUAAAAAUAGAACAGCAAUUACAGGAAAAAGAAAAAGAAAGACAAGAACUUGCUAACCAAAAAGCAAGAGAUAGAGAACAGAGAUUGUCAGCUUUAAAUGCAGCACAACAGGCAACAUUAGAGGAAUUACAGAAGAAAAUCCAGCAAAAGCAAGAAGAAAGUGCUCGAAGACACGAAGAAAAUAUUGAACUAAUUAGGCAGAAAGCUUUUGAGCUCAGCGUUAGGCAUUACUCAUCAAAUGACGACGACGUUCCUCGAUUAGUACCAUACGAAACAAAAAAGAUGUGUACUGUAUGCAAUGUACUGAUUGUAUCCGAAGUUUAUCUGCUGAGUCAUUUACGUGGUAAGAAACACAAAGAAGUAAUUAAUCUGCAGCAUCAAGGUAAAGAUCCAUCAACAGAAGAACUUGAAUCGUAUAAUCUUAAACAUAUAGUGGAUGCUCCCGCAGAUAAACUUGAUCCAAAUAUUGCUUUGGAUAAAGAGAGACAAAAAGCAUUGAAGAAAAGGUGCAAGAAAUUAAGACAACGAAUGACUAACAGAGGUUUAGAAUAUGAAGCAUCAUCAGCAAACAGACCAGUAUCGGCUAAUUCUAUUCAUAAGCAAAAGAUGCAGAAAAUAAUUAAAGAUAUUAAUAAACUAAUCAAUAAUCAAGGAAAAGGUCCUUGGGAUACAACAAUAGCAUCCAAUCUAGAGAGAUCUCUUGGAGAAUUAGAGAGAUUGAUUGGAAAAUGUUCUACUGAUGAUAAGAUUGUGUGCUACAGUUUGGGUGGAAUUAAUGCAUUGAUGAAAAUAUUGUCUGUAAUAUCAAAUAUGACAGUCAGUAAAAAUUUGGUUAUUCCUAAAAAAACUAUAGCAAGAGCUGCAACAGUGUUUGGAUUAAUAUGCUCAGAUUGUCCAGAGAAUUGUUACAGUGUUCUUUUUUCUAAUAAAAUUGGAAUUUUACUUGAUUAUCUUAUUCAUUGCUUAAAUUUAUUAAUUCCAGAUAAUUACACUCAGCUAUUAAAUAGCAAUCCAAAUUCCAUAAACAGAGCUUUGCCAACAGAUAUCCUUUCCAGUAAUCUCAUGCAGUUGUUAGCUGUAAUUAUCAUCACUUGGUUUUCGUGUAAACAGAUGAGUUUUGCGGGAAUACAGAACUUGUUCAUAGAUCAAAAUAAAAUAGUAAGCCAAAAUGAAGAAUUUCAGCAAAGAGUGCAUGAUGUGAUUAGUUAUGCGGUUAGCAUCGGAAUCGUCGACAAAUUAUCACAGUACUUCAACAACGUUCACGGACCCAUUGAUUCCGAACCUCUGGUAGCAGACUUUUUACUACAAUGUAUGACGUUUCUUUCUGCCUUGGCUAAGAUAUACACUAACAGAUACGAUAACAUAUUCGAGAUUAAAAAGACCGAAGACACGACUCAAUUAGUGGCGACGUUCAGAGUGACGGAACUGGUCGGAACGGUGUCGUUACUCUACGGUAUGCUCUUGCACAGCGAAGCUCCUUCCAGAGGCAGCGCUCCUCCUCCCGAACUUCCUCAACAUACUGUAAAAAUCACCAUAGCUUCGUUAUGCAUGCUGAACCACUUAGCUCUUAUGGAUUUGCAAAUGGUUCAGUGUGUUCUGGGAAAUGAAGGAUUAUCUCUUCAACUUCGUCACAUUGCUAGUUAUCUGUUAUGGUAUUGUUCUCAUUGGACAAUUCAGGAAUUACUACACGAAGUAAUAUUACUUGUUGGUUAUUUCACCGUUCUUAAUUUUGAUAAUCAGAUGGUGAUUCAAUCGGGACAGCGACCCACCGUCUUGCAGCAGCUGUGCUCUCUGCCCUUCCAGUACUUCAGCGAUCCCGAACUGACCGACGUUCUCUUCCCUUCGCUGAUAGCCUGCUGCCACAACAACCCCCACAACAAGGCCAUUCUCGAGCAGGAAAUGAGUCCGGAGUUGCUGUCCGAUUACGUAGAGGCCCACCUGCUGGACUUGCACGGAGCCCGUCUGUCGUCGUCGGAGAAGAAAGAGGGCGGCCAGGCCGAAGAAAUUCUCCGGUGGAAACUCUCGUCCCGAUUUCCCAAGAGUCACUGGACCGCCGCCAAGCGCUUCUUCUCCGCCCGGUGAGCGGCGGCGCCCUCUCGCUUUUACACGUUUGUAUUUUAAUAGGCAGCGGCCGCCGAGAGGACGAGCUCUAUUCCUACUUCGGCACGUUAACGCGCUAUUACCGUCGAACGGGCGUAUUUAUUAUUAAUACGAACGGAAUGGGUCAAACUAGCCAGUCCCAAAGCGGAAAUAAUUGUUGUAAAGCAUCCAUCGAUAUUUUAUUUAUAACUUUGGUAAAAUAAAAUAAAGUCGAAUUUUGCCCCUAACGCUUCUAGCGCCCGCCGCCGGGGAUAAACUUUCUUCGCGCGAAAUUGGCCGCUUUAUUCGUAACAAAUUAGUCUUUUCCGCCCGGGACCACCGCCAUUAUUUAUCGAUUAAUUACUUACGGACGGCUUCGGAAAUGACAUUUGUCCGUUUUUCCACACUCGGCGUCGCGUUUCUGCUGGAAAAAUUCCUUUCGCACCUCCCAGCGUAUCUUAGCGUUUUUCGAAGAAGGCUAUGACUCCACUACCGUAAAAACCCUCACCGUAAAAGCUUUUAAUCACGUGAUCCCGAUAUUUUACCACUGAGCAGGUCGUAAAUCCAGCGUAAAAGCGAGUUGAGCAGUGUUCAACUUUCGACGCGAAUACGGCCGUAAAGAGGUACGUACCUUCCACCAAUCAAGUCAUCGCGACACGGAGCUAAAAUGGCGGAAAACGAGCUUUUGUGUACGUUCCCUCGUGGCUACUCUAGAACAGAUGUAGAAAGAUUUAUCGAAAACAUCCGAAAGUAUUCGUGUAUCUACGACAAGAGGUAACCCGAUUAUAAUAACGGAUACCAAAGGAAAUCCUUCAAUUUGGAGGAGUAUAUAAUAAAAGUGCUGUAUAUUAUCUUAAUAAUACGAUAAUAAAAGUUAGUAUAUGAAAGUAAAGAUAUUAUUUUUACUACAUUUGUAAUUAUAGUACAGAAAAAAACUCGUAGAAUAUAAUCAUUAUCUUUAUAUCGAUAUAUCACGUAUAUCGUCUUCCGUUUCUACCAAAUCACGUGCGAAGAAGUAUUUACUUUCGACACUUGGAGCAGCACCGUCGCAGUAAAAACUUCGCGCUAACUGGAACUCCACCGCAAUCCGAGCGCAAACGCAAAUAGGUCACGUGAUUAAAAGCUUUUAGCAGCGUUGCCAAAUUGGGCUACUUAUUUUUCAGUUUGGCGUUAAAAAAAGCAUUUGGCGCACUGGCUACUUUUUGGGCUACAAAAAUUUGACUUGGCUACAUUUUGGGCUGGUUACACAAAUUAUUUCACGGUCCUUUCGGAAAGAAUGCUUCAAGAUAGAAAUCUUAAAGAUUUUUUUCUUGAAGCCAUUCUUUCCGAAAGGACCGAGAAUAAUUUGGGGAAAUUUUCCUCAUUAAGUUGCAUUUUUAAAUAUUUUGGCAAAUGGCGUAAUUUUAAAUUUACUUAAUUAAAUGUAAACUUUUUAAAAAGAUAGCUGCAGUAAGUAUUUAGUCAUGCUUGACAGAAGACUUUCUAGUUUAUAAUAGCUUAUUUUUUAAAGAAAACUUAAUAUAAAUUCCAGAUAAAUGAUAUCCUAGAAAGAAAUAAGAAAAGAAAAUGCAUCUAUGAGCAAAAUGAACACGAAGUAGUAAAAUUUGAAAUUAUCACGUUGAAAAAUCACUGGUAAGAUCAUCAUCAUCAGAAUCUUUUUCACUAGAAUGUUUUUGUAUGGUUGAAGCAGAUGAGGAUUUCCAAGUUUAACAUUUAUCGCUGUAAAAACUCGAUUUUGUAGUUUAGUUUUCAUUAAAUUUAAUUGCAAAAAAAAACGUUCAACUGCUGCAUUUGAAUGAGGAAGCAAUAAAAACGAAUGUUUUCAAAGGAAAGGUAUUAGGAUUUCACGAAUGGUACUAGGAAAAUGGUGUUGGGUAUCUUGGUACUGGGACAAGUAAAAAGGUACUAGAUUAGUAGAAAAGUACUAGGUAGAACAACACCUGGUACAAAAGUAGCCAACUGCUCGAGCAGUUGGCUACUUUUGGGCUACUUUUUAAAAAUUAUUUGGCUACAAGGGCAAAAAAACAUCUGGCAACGCUGGCUUUUACGGCGAGGGGUUUUUACGUUAGUGGAGUCUUAGCCGAAGUCUGAAAAAUACGCGGCCGGCCGACAAUUUUAGCGCAGGAAAGAGGAUAUUUUAUUCGACACUCGGCGGGGAUAACGUAAAGCCCGGCACUGACGUGCGGCAACGGUUGACGUUCCGUCGUCUUUCCGCGUCACACGCGGAAAUUACCCGACAAUCUAAACGCGCCGUCUGCCAGCCGUAAAUAUAAGCCAGCUACUACGAUAGGUAGGUCACGCGCCAGUAGUCGGAAAUGGCGUCUACCGGAAUUGUUUCGUUACAUCGAUUAAACUUUCUAAGUUUGCCUUCCAUCUUAGGGCGAAAGUUAGGAAUAUCCAAUACUUUGGUCGCCGAAUUACGAUUACGCCAUUCCCAGUACGUCUAUUCGACGUUAAUAUUAAAAUGGAAUAAAGCUUUUUAGCUCGCCCCCCGCCACAGUUCGAACACUUUACGACGACGUCGCUAAACGUCCUUCCUAUCGGUCUGAUUUUUGCCGAUCCGCUUUCCGCCCAGGCAAAAGCGACUUGGUCCGUUGCCGCGCGCGAGUACCGGGCUUAAAAGCGCCCGGAGACGUUCUUCCGAUCGACUUCCGGCCGCAUUCUAUUCUGCCGAUGGACGUCCGACGACGGAAAGGAGAGGAUUUAAACGUAUUGUGGAGAAAAGAUAGAUCGUCCGUCGUUUCUAUAAACCGACGUACCCCUUAAAUACUCUGUACUUGGUUUCGGUAUUCGGUAAUAUUUUCAUCUAUUACGUUUACUUUCUAUUUGUAGGCCCCGGCCAAACGUGGCGAUCGUGUGGGAAAUGUUUGUCCGGGAAGUUAAUUAACGACCGUGGUUUGUUUACGCCCGGGCAUUUUCCACCGUCCAAAAAUCCAGUCGUUUGGUGACGAAACAAAACGACACGCUAUAAUUGGACUUUCGCAUUUGCGAUCUCGAAAAUUACGCCAUAAGUAUCCAUCGGCCGAAGCCUGGUAUUUUAUAAAAUAGGAAAGUAAUCGCGCGAUACGUAUUUAUAUUUUAACCUACUCGGAAUUAAUUAAAAUUCUUAUUUUAUUAUAACCGCGUUACGCAUCUUAUCAUUUUUCUUCACGCAGAAAAGCCAAAAUAUUUGAAUGGCGUAACCCGGCGCGCUACCGUCAAACGUCUUGGCCGGGGUGGAAAAAACAUUAA